AAGUAUGUCAACGAGAUCCGGCAUUUGCCAGACAAAAGUUCAAGUUUUCUGACAUACAAAGCCACAAUUGAGUGUAUAGAGAGCUUGUAUGCUCUGCUGAACGACCCCGAAUUCCAAGGAUAUCCAAAGGUUCUGAAAGCAAGGAAACAGCUGAAUGAGUUAAAGACCACAACUGACGAUCCAAACACGGACCAGAUAAGCUAUAUUAUCGCGGAUACUGCAAUCAGAGGCAUUCAAGACAUAAACGACUUGGUAAAUGCUGAAGAAGGCAAAUGGAGUGAGCGAGCAAGUGAGAUCGAGGGUGACAUUGAGAGGCUCGGUGGUGUUUUACUUUCCGGUAAUUGGGUACAAGGAGAUCGCGCCAUCUACGAAAUAAAAGUUGUUUUCAAAAGUUCUCUAGAAACGUUAAGUACAUGUAUAUAUAAUGCAAAGACAAUUCAAGUCGAAACAACCAAAAAAGGCAUUUUUGACCUGAAAGACACAACUGAGUCCGGAAAACAAGAAUUCAUUGAAACAACAAUUGCAAAAGGAAAGGAGAAACUAAAAGAAGCUAUAACGGACGGGAAAUUUGAAGAUAAAACUGCGGAUAAAAAAAAGAACUGUUGCAAUUGACAAAUGUCGGAAAAAAGGAAUAAGUGCAACAAGAGAGCUGAAAACAAGAAAGCUUGAAGAUACAUUUGCGGACCGAGGCGGAGAACUGUUGGAAACGACAAUAGUCGGAAAAAAAAGAAUUAAUUGUAAAAAGCGAAAACGAAACAAGAAAACUAAAAAAAAAUUGCAUAUGAACGGGACGAACUGUUGGAAACAACAAUAGGCGGAAAGACAGAAUUAAUUGUAGCAAGCGAGGUGGACACAAGAAAACUUGAAGAUACUAAUGCGGACGGAAGAACUUGUUCAAACAACAAAAGUCGGGAAAAAGGAUAUAAUUGAAACAAGCGAGAUGGAAACAAGAACACUUGAAGAUACAACUGCAGACGGACGGGAAGAACUGUUGGAAACGACUAUGAGCGGAAGGAAUGAAUUAAUUGUAACAAGCGAGAUGGAAACAAGAAAACUUGAAGAUACAACUGCAGCCGGACGGGACGAACUGUUGGAAACAACUACGAGCGGAAGGAAUGAAUUAAUUGUAACAAGCGAGAUGGAAACAAGAAAACUUGAAGAUACAACUGCAGCCGGACGGGACGAACUGUUGGAAACAACUACGAGCGGAAGGAAUGAAUUAAUUGUAACAAGCGAGAUGGAAACAAGAAAACUUGAAGAUAUAACUGCAGCCGGACGGGACGAACUGUUAGAAACAACUACGAGCGGAAGGAAUGAAUUAAUUGUAGCAAGCGAGAUGGAAACAAGAAAACUUGUAGAUACAACUGCAGCCGGACGGGACGAACUGUUUGAAACAACUAUGACCGGAAGGAAUAAAUUAAUUGUAACAAGCGAGAUGGAAACAAGAAAACUUAAAGAUACAACUGCAGACGGACUGGAAGAACUGUUUGACACAACUAUGAGCGGAAGGAAUAAAUUAAUUGUAACAAGCGAGAUGGAAACAAGAAAACUUGAAGAUAUAACUGCAGCCGGACGGGACGAACUGUUAGAAACAACUACGAGCGGAAGGAAUGAAUUAAUUGUAGCAAGCGAGAUGGAAACAAGAAAACUUGUAGAUACAACUGCAGCCGGACGGGACGAACUGUUUGAAACAACUAUGACCGGAAGGAAUAAAUUAAUUGUAACAAGCGAGAUGGAAACAAGAAAACUUAAAGAUACAACUGCAGACGGACUGGAAGAACUGUUUGACACAACUAUGAGCGGAAGGAAUAAAUUAAUUGUAACAAGCGAGAUGGAAACAAGAAAACUUGUAGAUUCAACUGCGGACGGAAGAAAAGAACUGUUACAAACCACAAAAGUCGUGAAAAAAGAAAUAAUUGAAAAAGGCGCGGUGGAAGCAAGAAAACAUAAAGAUACAACUGCAGACGGACGGGAAGAACUGUUGGAAACAACUAUGAGCGGAAGGAAUGAAUUAAUUUUUACAAGCGAGAUGGAAAAAAGUAAACUGGAAGAUACAACUGCAGACGGAAACGAAAAACUGCUACAAACGACAAUGGUCGGAAAAAAAGAAUUAAUUGUAACAAGCGAGAUUGAAACAAGAAUACUUGAAGAUACAACUGCAGCCGGACGGGACGAACUGUUGGAAACAACUACGAGCGGAAGGAAUGAAUUAAUUGUAACAAGCGAGAUGGAAACAAGAAAACUUGAAGAUACAACUGCAGCCGGACGGGACGAACUGUUGGAAACAACUACGAGCGGAAGGAAUGAAUUAAUUGUAACAAGCGAGAUGGAAACAAGAAAACUUGAAGAUACAACUGCAGCCGGACGGGACGAACUGUUGGAAACAACUACGAGCGGAAGGAAUGAAUUAAUUGUAACAAGCGAGAUGGAAACAAGAAAACUUGAAGAUACAACUGCAGCCGGACGGGAAGAACUGUUGGAAACGACUAUGAGCGGAAGGAAUGAAUUAAUUGUAACAAGCGAGAUGGAAAAAAGAAAACUUGAAGAUACAACUGCAGCCGGACGGGACGAACUGUUGGACACAACUAUGACCGGAAGGAAUGAAUUAAUUGUAGCAAGCGAGAUGGAAACAAGAAAACUUGAAGAUACAACUGCAGCCGGACGGGACGAACUGUUGGAAACAACUAUGAGCGGAAGGAAUAAAUUAAUUGUAGCAAGCGAGAUGGAAACAAGAAAACUUGUAGAUACAACUGCAGCCGGACGGGACGAACUGUUGGAAACAACUAUGACCGGAAGGAAUGAAUUAAUUGUAACAAGCGAGAUGGAAACAAGAAAACUUAAAGAUACAACUGCAGCCGGACGGGAAGAACUGUUGGACACAACUAUGAGCGGAAGGAAUAAAUUAAUUGUAACAAGCGAGAUGGAAACAAGAAAACUUGUAGAUUCAACUGCGGACGGAAGAAAAGAACUGUUACAAACCACAAAAGUCGUGAAAAAAGAAAUAAUUGAAAAAGGCGCGGUGGAAGCAAGAAAACUUGAAGAUGUUUUUGAGAAAGGAAAACUCGAAAUAGACAUAAUAAUUGAAAAUCAAAGACCCAAAAUUGAAAAGAGUGCAGAAAACAUGGCGAAAGCAAAGUCAGGCUUAAAGGCACAGCUAAUCGAGCACUAUAAACCAUAUACAAGCCAUUUGACCGUUCGGCUCGACAUUGACGAAACCAUUGAAAAUAUUUACGAAAACCCAAGACUUACCUUAAUUAAAAUCGAAAAUGGCAAGACAACUGAGGCAGAUAUUUCUGAAGUAAGCCAAUUAUUUUCGACAAGUGAUGGCACAAUUGCUAAAAAGAUCAUCAUCGAGGGUGAACCUGGAAAAGGCAAAUCCUCACUGUGUAAAAAGAUCGUGCAUGACUGGUGUAAAGUAAAUGAGAAUGUUGAGAAGGAGCCGGUCGCAUCAAAUGUACGACAGUUUGAAUUCCUUUUCUAUAUCAUACUUCGCGAAGUUCAAACUGAAAGUGAAAUUAAAAACAUGAUAGUCCAACAUAUACUAAAGAAGAUUGAUUCAGACUAUGAAAAUGAGCACUCGCUGCUGGGAGAAAUUUUAAAAUCAGAGCACUGUCUUCUCCUGCUUGAUGGUUUGGACGAAUGGCAGGGUCAAAUGCCUCAUGUUGAAACAUGUUGGAGAAACUGCACAACAUUAAUCACAACACGGCCGUACAAAUUGGCUGUACUAAAGGUGAGUCCAACGCAGAUUGGUAAACAUGUCAAAUUAGAUGGAGUAAAGAAUCCGGACAAACUUGUUUGGAGUGUCAUUCGGAAGUUAGAGACGAUCCAUGAAGCAAACAAAGACCCCGAGUCCUGCAUCCAGGAAUUAAAAGACAAAAAGCUGUGGCAUUUUAGCGAAAAUCCCGUCGUACUCGUUCAUAUUGUUUGGCUCUGGCAAAGGAGUAAGUUAAGAAAAAACAUGUCUCGUUCUACUCUUUACCAGAAAAUCUUUGAUGAAAGAUGGCAUGAAAUGCGUGACAAAAAAGAGACGGAUAUAGAUCCACAAAAGUUAUUUGGUGUACUGAGCGAGAUAGCAUUUGAAAAACUGCUUUCUAAAAAUGAAGAUGAAUCCCUGGUGUUUAACAUCAAGGGGAAACAGCUUGAGAAAUUUAAGCAGUAUAAAGAUACAUCGCUAGAAUCCGGUAUCAUGUCUGCCAGCAAUGUGCCUGGAGAACGCUUUCCCCAGUAUCAAUUUCUUCACAAAACAUUCCAAGAAUACCUUGCAGCUGUGUUUCUGUCAAAACGCGGUUCGGAAUUGUCCUCAUCAUGCAAGAUUGUGAAGGACAUACACUCCAAUCAUAGGAAGGAAAGUGUAUUUGCUUUAGAACAGGUAUUCCUUUUUCUGUGCGGUUUAAGUCCAGUAGCAGCCGAAGAGUUUUCGAAAACACUCAAUGAGCUGUUUACUGAGAAUUGUGAAAACAUAGGUAAAAUUAGGGAAUACCCGUCAUUCCAGGACAUGAUUUUUCGAGGCUAUGCUGAGGCAGAGAAAAACGAACAUGUCGGGGCGGAGUUAUGCUUGCAGCACGUCGAGCUUGAAAGAUUUAAUACGCUCACAAUAAAUCAAGAAUCAAUGUUUAAACUGUGCUUGGAUGACAGAAAAUCCAGUCUCGUAUCAUUUAGAAAUGAUGGAAAAAACGACCUAUCGUUUACUCUGCAGAACAAAGACGAUCCAACUGUUUUAGAUUUAGUGGGUUUCAAGAAUCUAAAGUUUGUUGUGCUAAAAAACUUUCCAUUUGAAGAUAUCAACUUGAAUUUGAAUGGGUUAUUUCAAUGCCAAAUACAAUUCAACGUCUACGGACAAGUAAAAGCAAGUAAACUGAAAUCUUCAUUACAAUGCUCAGAUCUAAGUUGUUUGAAAACGCUCGUACUGGAAAAUGUCGGUUUUGAAUGUGAAGCCAUGGAUAUAUUGUCAAAGAUUAAAAAUGUCGAACGGCUAGACCUCAGCUGGAGCAAAUCGAGUCGACAAAAUGAUUCACAAUCUGACCCUGUGGACCUUAGACAUCUCAAAUACCUCAAGAACCUCGCGUUUAGAGAACAUCCAUUCUCUGACGUUGUUAAUCUACAACUGCAAAAACUGAAGCGGUUAAAUAUCAGGUUCAGGACACAACAACGAGCACCAAAGUUGAUGGCAGCAUUACUACAAGGUGACGACACAAUCACAACAGUUCCGAAUGCGCCACACUUUUUCCUCGAAGAGCUUCAGCUGAAGAACGUUCGUUUGUCAGCAAAAGUGUUCAUGCGUCGCGUUAGUGUUGCGUUACAGUCGGGACAUUCUGUUCACUUUACGUUAGAAGAGUGGUGUACAAUAGAGGAGGACAUAACGCAAGAGCAAGAGGAGAUGGGAAACCAGCCCGCCCUCCAGGUGGUGAUUCCACAGGCCGCCUCAACUGACUAUCAAACACAAAUUAAAUUAUUUGGCAUGACAGUGUCAGCAAAAGUGUUAAGGCGUCUCGUUAGUGUUGCGUUACAGUCGGGACAUUCUGUUGAGUUUACGUCACAAAAGUGUACAAUAGAGGAGGACAUAACGCAAGAGCAAGAGGAGAUGGGAAACCAGCCCGCCCUCCAGGUGGUGAUUCCACAGGCCGCCUCAACUGACUAUCAAACAAGCAUUUUAUUUAUGUGCAUAACAGUGUCAGCAAAAGUGUUUAGGCGUCUCGUUAGUGUUGUGUUACAGUCGGGACAUUAUGUUGACUUUACGUUAUCGGAAUGUACAAUAGGGGAGGACAUAACGCAAGAGCAAGAGGAGAUGGGAAACCAGCCCGCCCUCCAGGUGGUGAUUCCACAGGCCGCCUCAACUGACUAUAAAACAAGCAUUGGAUUAGGCGAAAUGACAGUGUCAGCAAAAUGGCUCAGACGUCUUGUUAGUGUUGCGUUACAGUCGAGACAUUCUGUUCACUUUACGUUAGAAGAGUGGUGUACAAUAGAUGAGGACAUAACGCAAGAGCAAGAGGAGAUGGGAAACCAGCCCGCCCUCCAGGUGGUGAUUCCACAGGCCGCCUCAACUGACUAUAAAACAAGCAUUACAUUGAUGUACAUGACAGUGUCAGCAAAAGUGUUCAGACGUCUCGUUAGUGUUGCGUUACAGUCGGGACAUUCUGUUCACUUUACGUUAGAAGAGUGGUGUACAAUAGAUGAGGACAUAACGCAAGAGCAAGAGGAGAUGGGAAACCAGCCCGCCCUCCAGGUGGUGAUUCCACAGGCCGCCUCAACUGACUAUAAAACAAGCAUUACAUUGAGGCGCAUGACUGUGUCAGCAAAAGUGCUCAGACGUCUCGUUAGAAUUGUGAUACAGUCGAGACAUACUUUGGAAUGCCAGUUAAAGCACUGUACGAUAAAGCCGGAAGAUGAGGUGAAUCAGCUUCAGGUGGAGAUGGAGAACCAGUCCGCCAUGCAAGUGAUUGAGUUCAGCAGGCGUGAAACUGGCUGGUACAUUACCAGCAGGCGUAAAUCUGGCUGGUACAUUACGUUUAAAGCCAAUGUUUAAAGGUCAUCAGACUGCACCGAGAAACGUGUUUUGAUACGAAUAUGCAUCAAUCUAUAUGGAUAAUAUAUAGGUAUUCAGAUCAUCUUAUAUUGAUUUACAGGCGUCAGCGAACAAUAGAUGUUUGUGUCAGUGGUUAGCUGGCAUCAGUUAACAGUAGAUGUUUGUGUUAGUAGUAAACUGGUAUCAGUGAAUAAAAGAUGUUUGUGUCGGUGGUUAACUUGCAUAAGUGAAUACUAGAUGUUUGUGUCAGUGGCUAGCUGGCAUCAGUGAAUAAAAGAUGUUUGUGUCAGUGGCUAACUUGAAUCAGUGAACAAUAGAUGUUUGUGUCGGUAUCAGUGAAUACUACAUGUUUGUGUCAGUGGUUAACUGGCAUCAGUGAACACUACAUGUUUGUGUCAGUGGUUAACUGGCAUCAGUGAACACUAGAUGUUUGUGUCAGUGGCUAACUUGAAUCAGUGAACAAUAGAUGUUUGUGUCAGUGGUAAGCUGGCAUCGGUGAAUACUAGAUGUUUGUGUCAGUGGCUAACUUGAAUCAGUGAACACUAGAUGUUUGUGUCGGUGGUUAACUGGCAUCAGUGAACACUAGAUGUUUGUGUCAGUGGUUAACUGGCAUCAGUGAACAAUAGAUGUUUGUGUCGGUGGUUAACUGGCAUCAGUGAACAAUAGAUGUUUGUGUCAGUGGUUAACUGGCAUCAGUGAACACUACAUGUUUGUGUCAGUGGUUAACUGGCAUCAGUGAACACUAGAUGUUUGUGUCAGUGGUUAACUGGCAUCAGUGAACACUACAUGUUUGUGUCAGUGGUUAACUGGCAUCAGUGAAUACUACAUGUUUGUGUCAGUGGUUAACUGGCAUCAGUGAAUACUACAUGUUUGUGUCAGUGGUUAACUGGCAUCAGUGAAUACUACAUGUUUGUGUCAGUGGUUAACUGGCAUCAGUGAAUACUAGAUGUUUGUGUCAGUGGUUAACUGGCAUCAGUGAAUACUAGAUGUUUGUGUCAGUGGUUAACUGGCAUCAGUGAAUACUACAUGUUUGUGUCAGUGGUUAACUGGCAUCAGUGAAUACUACAUGUUUGUGUCAGUGGUUAACUGGCAUCAGUGAAUACUAGAUGUUUGUGUCGGUGGUUAACUGGCAUCAGUGAACAAUAGAUGUUUGUGUCGGUGGUUAACUGGCAUCAGUGAACAAUAGAUGUUUGUGUCGGUGGUUAACUGGCAUCAGUGAACAAUAGAUGUUUGUGUCGGGGGUUAACUGGCAUCAGUGAACACUAGAUGUUUGUGUCAGUGGCUAACUUGAAUCAGUGAAUACUAGAUGUUUGUGUCAGUGGUUAACUGGCAUCAGUGAACACUAGAUGUUUGUGUCAGUGGCUAACUUGAAUCAGUGAACACUAGAUGUUUGUGUCGGGGGUUAACUGGCAUCAGUGAACACUAGAUGUUUGUGUCAGUGGAUAGCUGGCAUCAGUAAACAAUAGAUGGAUGUUUCAGAGGUUAACUAGCAUCAGCGAACACUAGAUGUUUGUUUCAGUGGUUAACUGGAAUCAAAGAACAAUAAAUUUGUUUCAGAGGUAAACUAACAUCGUCAAACAAUGUAUGUUUGUUUUAGUAGUUAAUUCGCAUCAGCGAAUGAUAAUAUAUUUGUGUCAAUGGCGUGUAUGUUUUAGUUUCAACUAAAGCUUGGUUUCAUUUUUCAACAUCUAACAUUAAACAUAUUGCAAACAAAUACAAGAAGCUUAAUGUUUUAAGUAAUAUCCUUUAAGGCAUGUAUACCUACUUCUUCAAGAUUUACACCAAUCAAUUGACAUUCUAGUUUUGUUUUUUGAAAUUGGCGUUUUUAUCAUGAUUUAUUUCGAAAUGUCGGAAUGUAUGUGUGUUGUUUAAAUUUAUUUUCAUAAUGUUUAGUGUUAAUGUUAAAAGAUUUAUGUACAUUAUGAUUAGUUAUCUAAACAUUAAUAUUUCUAAAAGAACACCGUGGUAUUUAGCUUGUUGUUGUACAUUUGUUAAUAAUUAACAAAAUAGAUAUCCUUAUGUUUGUAUUAGUUUAUGCCAAUAUUAUCGCCAAUAUAAUUAGUACACUUUGUUUACAUACGGCUCCUUAUAUAUAUUAUGAUUAUAUAACGAAACAUUUAAAGAGCUUUUGAUCAAUUUCAAAGGAAUGGUAAAUGCUGGGCUAAAUGAGCAAUACAAAUGUUGUAAUAAGUCUGACUGUUGCAAUGUCGUCAUGGAUGUUUCGGAGAUGAUAUUAUGAUGUAAAUAGCGCACAUCUUGUAAUUUCCGCAAGGACCUGGAUUAGCGUGGAUGUUACAAUGUUUAUCAAUGAAAUGAAAUACCCGUAUGUUGUAUGUAGAAAUGGUCGUAGAUUAUCGUGGAUGUUAUGUACUUUUUCUAUGUUAUGAAUGACGCGCACGUUGUACGUAGACAUGGUCGUAGAUUAUCGUGGAAGGUACGUACUUUUUCUAUGUUUUAAAUGACGCGCAUGUCGUACGUAGACAUGGUAGUAGAUUAUCGUGGGUGUUACGUACUUUUUAAAUGUUUUGAAUGACGCGCAUGUUGUACGUAGACAUGGUCGUAGAUUAUCGUGGAAGGUACGUACUUUUUCUAUGUUUUAAAUGACGCGCAUGUCGUACGUAGACAUGGUAGUAGAUUAUCGUGGGUGUUACGUACUUUUUAAAUGUUUUGAAUGACGCGCAUGUUGUACGUAGACAUGGUCGUAGAUUAUCGUGGAAGGUACGUACUUUUUCUAUGUUUUAAAUGACGCGCAUGUCGUACGUAGACAUGGUAGUAGAUUAUCGUGGGUGUUACGUACUUUUUCUAUGUUUUGAAUAACGCGCAUGUCGUACGUAGACAUGGUCGUAGAUUAUCGUGGAUGUUACGUUCUUUUUCUGUGUUUUGAAUGACGCGCAUGUCGUACGUGGACAUGGUAGUAGAUUAUCGUGGAAGUUACGUACUUUUUUAAAUGUUUUUAAUGACGCGCAUGUUGUACGUAGACAUGGUCGUAGAUUAUCGUGGAUGUUACGUACUUUUUCUAUGUUUUGAAUGACGCGCAUGUUGUACGUAGACAUGGUCGUAGAUAAUCGUGGAUGUUACGUACUUUUUCUAUGUUUUGAAUGACGCGCAUGUUGUACGUAGAUAUGGUAGUAGAUUAUCGUGGGUGUUACGUACUUUUUCUAUGUUUUGAAUGACGCGCAUGUUGUACGUAGACAUGGUCGAUGUUGUAAAGUAGUUUAUCUAUGUUAUGAAUGACAUGGAUUAGCGUGAAUGUUAAGUAGUUAAUCUAUGUUUUGCAUAACGCGCCUGUUGUAUGUAGGUAAGUCGUGGACAAGAGUGGAUGUUAAGUAGUUUAUUUAUGUUAUGAAUGACAUGGAUUAGCGUGAGUGUUAAGUAGUUUAUCUAUGUUAUGAAUGACGCGCCUGUUGUAUGGAGGUAGGUCGUGGACAAGCGUGGAUGUUAAGUAGUUUAUCUAUUUUGUAAUAAUGCGCUUGUUGUAUGUAAGCAUGGCCGUUGAUUAUCGUUGAUGUUAUGUAGUUUAUUUAUGUGUUGAAUGACGUUGAUUAUCGUUGAUGUUAUGUAGUUUAACUAUGUGUUGAAUGACGUUGAUUAUCGUUGAUGUUAUAUAGUUUAUCUAUGUGUUGAAUGACGUUGAUUAUCAUUGAUGUUAUGUUGUUUAUCUAUGUGUUGAAUGACGUUGAUUAUCGUUGAUGUUAUAUAGUUUAUCUAUGUGUUGAAUGACGUUGAUUAUCAUUGAUGUUAUGUAGUUUAUCUAUGUGUUGAAUGACGUUGAUUAUCAUUGAUGUUAUGUAGUUUAUCUAUGUGUUGAAUGACGUUAAUUAUCGUUGAUGUUAUGUAGUUUAACUAUGUGUUGAAUGACGUUGAUUAUCGUUGAUGUUAUGUAGUUUAUCUAUGUGUUGAAUGACGUUGAUUAUCGUUGAUGUUAUGUAGUUUAACUAUGUGUUGAAUGACGUUGAUUAUCGUUAUGUUAUAUAGUUUAUCUAUGUGUUGAAUGACGUUGAUUAUCGUUGAUGUUAUGUAGUUUAUCUAUGUGUUGAAUGACGCGCAUGUCGUUCGUUUUUCAUUUAAUCAUUUGAAUAUUGCAACCAUCUGCCCUAUUUACAAAAUAUAAUCCCGUUUUGUGGUCAACUGAUGGUUUGCAAGAAUUAUCGUGAAUAUCUAGGUUUGGAUGACGCGUAUGUUUGAGACAUGGUCAAGUAUCAUCGUGGACGGUAAGUAGAUUAUUUUUGUUGAUAAUGACGCGUAUGUUGUAUGUAUGCAUGGUCGUGGAUUAUCGUGGAUGUUAACUAGUUUAUUUAUGUUGUGAAUGACGCGUAUGUAGUAUGUAGGCAUGGUCGUGGAUUAAUGUGGAUGUUAACUAGUUUAUUUAUGUUGUGAAUGACGCGGAUGUUGUCUGUAGGAAUGGUUGUGAAUUAGCGUGGAUGUUAACUAGUUUAUUUAUUUUGUGAAGGACGCGUAUGUUGUAUGUAGGCAUGGUCGUGGAUUAUCGUGGAUGUUAACUAGUUUAUUUUUAUUGUGAAUGACGCGUUUGUUGUUUGUAGGCAUAGACGUGAAUACUUCUGGGUGUUAGGUAGUUUAUUUAUGUUGUGAAUGACGCGGAUGUUAUCUGUAGGCAUGGUCGUGAAUUAGCGUGGAUGUUAACUAGUUUAUUUAUGUUGUGAAGGACGCGUAUGUUGUAUAUAGGCAUGGUCGUGGAUUAUCGUGGAUGUUAACUAGUUUUUUUUAUUGUGAAUGACGCGUUUGUUGUUUGUAGGCAUAGACGUGAAUACUCCUGGGUGUUAGAUAGUUUAUUUAUUUUGUGAAUGACGCGGAUGUUAUCUGUAGGCAUGGUCGUGAAUUAGCGUGGAUAUAAACUAGUUUAUUUAUGUUGUGAAUGACGGGUAUGUUGUCUGUAGGCAUGGUCGUGGAUUAUCGUGGAUGUUAACUAGUUUAUUUAUGUUGUGAAUGGCGGCUAUGUUGUCUGUAGGAAUGGUCGUGAAUUAGCGUGGAUGUUAGCUAGUUUAUAUAUGUUGUGAAUGACGGGUAUGUUGUCUGUAGGCAUGGUCGUGGAUUAUCGUGGAUGUUAACUAGUUAAUAUGUGUUAUGGAUGACUCGCAUUCUGUAUGUAGACAUGGUCGUGGAUUUUCUGGGUGUUAGGUAGUUUACAUGUCUUGUGAAUGACUCGGAUGUUGUUUGAUGUUUCGUUUAAUGAAUUGGAUAUGCAGCAUUCUGCCAUUUUUACAUUGCUUUUGAUUGAUUGCUUGCAUAGAUUAUAAUGGAUAUUGCACGGUGAGCGUUGGUAUAUCGUAGGUGUUGUGAAGUGUACAUUUUGUUGUAAAUGACCUACAUGUCGAGAGUCUUUUCAAGUUUUGAGGAAGAUGAUAUUUAUCAUUUGUAAUGAGUACUGUAUAUCGGGGAUUUUGCAUCUACUGAACUACACGAAUGAUGAAUGCACUAUACACGAAUGCAUGUAUUUCAGUAUGAUGUAAACGAUUCAAAUAUAAGAUUAUUUCUGAAUGUUAGUUAUAGUUCAACUAAAUACUUACAUGUACACUUUGUUUAUGGCUUAUAGAUUGUAACGUAAAGAUGCACCAUUGAUUGUUUUUUGUAUUUUGUCUGAUGUUCCAGUACUAUACAUUGUAUAUACUAUGCGAUUAGUAUAUACUAUACUGUAGAGAGCUUGUAUUCUUUUAGCAUAAUUAUGAUUGGUUUCAAUUUGUUUAUUUGAGGUGUUUAAUUUUGUUUUAUGUUUAAAAUACAUGUACUUUGUCAUUUAAUUGACUGAUUUUUCUUGUAUUUGCUUCAUAAUGCCUGUAUUUAGCUUGAAAAUGCAUGUAUUUACUUCGAUAAUGCAUAUAUUUACCAUGAUAAUGCGUGUAUUUACAUUGAUAAUGCAUGUAUUUACCUUGAUAAUGCAUGUAUUUACCAUGACGAUGCAUGUAUUUACAUUGAUAAUGCAUGUAUUUACCUUAAUUAUGCAUGUAUUUACCUUGAUAAUGACUGUGUUUAACUUGAUAAUGUAAGUAUUUCCCUUGAUAAUGCAUGUAUUUCCCUUGAUAAUGAUUAUGUUAAUAUUGAUAAUGCCUGUGUUUACCUUAAUAAUGACAGUAUUUCCCUUGAUAUUGCAAGUGUUUACCUUGAUAAUGCAUGUAUUUCCCUUGAUAAUGCAUGUAUUUCCCUUGAUAAUGCAUGUGUUUACAUUCAUAAUGCCUGUAUUUAUCUUGAUAAUGCAUGUAUUUAUCUUGAUAAGGCAUGUAUUUACCAUGUAAUGCAGCUAUUUACCUUGAUAAUGCAUGUAUUUAUCUUGAUAAUGCAUGUAUUUUUCUUGAUAAUGUCUGUAUUUAACUUGAUAUUGCAUGUAUUUAGUUUGAUAAUGCAAGUAUUUACCAUACUGAUGCAUGUGUUUACCUUGAUAAUGCAAGUAUUUAUCUUGAUAAUGCAUGUAUUUACCUUGAUAAUGCCUGUUUUUUACCUUGAUAUUGCAUGUAUUUUUCUUGAUAAUGCAUGUAUUUACCUUGAUAAUGCAUGUAUUUACCUUGAUAAUGCAUGCAUUAUGGAUAUGUGCUCCAUGAUAAUGGACUGGUUGUGUUAUUACCCAAUAAUUAACUAGAUAUGAGUAUAAAUGUUGAUGCGUGGUUACGUUUGUGCAAAUUUUACCAAUUUAUUUGGUUUUGCGUGUUGCUAAUGGAAGUAGAAAUUUAUCAACCAAAAUACUAUGUAGGUUGUUGGUUAUUAUGACUUGUUUUUCUUUAUAUUACUCUUUAAACACCUUAAGGUAUUUGAUUUGUUUCUAAUUUUGUACUCUACUCAGAUACUGUUGAAUCACUAGGAUCCAAUAUUACGAAACUGAUUAAGUCAAAACUCAAUUUCAUCACAAUCUACAACAUAAAAGCAGACCUUUUACUCAUUCAAUGUAUUGAUACAAAGAUUGUGUCGAUAGCUCAGAGGAAACAAAAUCCAGAGCAAAUAAUAUACUUGAGUAAUUGUUGAAACGGUUAAAAACAAUGAAACUCAAAUUCAUAUUUGUCAGUAGAAUAUUUUGCCCUUGGAAUCUUGACCAAAAGCGUUUAUCAACAUAUUCUAUGAUAGAAUACACUUGUAAAAACAUAAAUGAUUUUUAAUACUGUUUGAUAAUGUAUAAUGCUAUGUGGUAUAAUGAGUUGAGACUGAGAUUGAGAUUUGACUUGAGUAUUUUCGUUAUUUAUAUCACAAUUCACAUAAUUAUAAAGAGGAUAUUUUAAAUAUAGACAAUGUUUUGAAAUGAUAAGUUGGUUGUUAAAGACCUGCACGUAACGUUGCAACUUUAAAUAUUGUUAUGCAUUAACAUUUAUUUGUGUCAGAACAAUUUCUUGUAAAUGAUAUAUUUUUAAAUGGAUAUUCAGAACUUAUACUUAAAGUAUAUAAUUCUCUAAAAUUUAUAUGUAAGUUAUUGAAACAGAAGAUACGCUUCAGAAAGAAGCAAAAGAUAAUAUUUAAAGUUGAUGCGAUAUAUGGUGGGUUUUUUUGUUGUGUUUUAAUAAAUGUCAAUAAAGGUAUGCAUGAUGUUAUUGAAAACUAAAUAAUAAUAAUUUGUACGUAUGAAAUAAAGGUAUGA